AUGGAAAGAGAUCCAAAACAAGGCCCUGCCAAAAGACAGGCCACCGCAGAAGAUGCCGCACCGAGUGCGAGGUUCCUGCAAGCACGCAUAACUGCCCUCUCUACGACCAUGAUCAAGAGGCUUGAGAAUAUCUUUGCUGUUGCUCUGGGUACAGAAGGCAACGCAGACCCUGCCCUUCCACCCUCACUUACCGACACAUCUGUGCAGCAGUUUCAGCUCGAGGUCGAAUCGAACGCCAUGAUUCGUGCUGCAGAGGAGAUCAUGAUGCUUACAAGAACUAUGAAAGAGAUCUGGCUAUUUGGCGGCUUGGAUACUUUAGCGGCAGAUCACAAGAGUGACAAAGAUCCCGAGGACGAAGCGAAAAGGAGGAAGCUUGAGCACGAUGUGGAGAUAGUCGAGGCAGGCUUCAACAAGUUUUUGGAACGGUAUGGGGGUACAAGACUUGUGGCAAAGGAGGAGCCGUAG